AGGGCUGCAGCUGUCUGAGAGCAACAAUAACAAGCGAUAACCAGCAAGUCAAACGCGGUGGAAACGGUGCCUGACAUCGCAAAUUAUCACCGACAUUCACAAAAUGCGGUUGUCGAUAUAACUCUGGACUCCGUGUCUUCGUCCUCCGAGUCGGAAAACGUCUUUUCGUCGCGGUCAUAGCCGCGAAAAAAACACGUAGAAUCGGCCGCAGGGGAACAGGGCAAUUCGGGGCUGCAUCUGGGUCAGUGGGCCCGUCGGCGGCUGUACCGGUGCUUUUCUUUUCCCCGCAGUGUCCCUUCGCUCCUGGCAGUCGUUUACAUACACACCGCUUCACCCGUAUUAACCGAGAGAAGAUGCAGGCUAACGGGGCAGGACAGGAUACAGACUCAGAAGUAUCCUGCCAAAACGGUGCACCAGCCUGCGUCCAACAACAACAGCCCGACCGAUGCCAACUCUGGCGUCAAGAAGAAGAAGCGACUGUCUCAGUGUGAGGAGGACGUCAUCCGGCUCAUAGGACAACAUUUACAUGAUUUAGGUCUCAAUCAGACAGUGGACCUCCUGAUGCAGGAGUCUGGCUGCAGAUUGGAGCACCCCUCUGCCACCAAGUUUCGCAAUCAUGUCAUGGAAGGAGAGUGGGACAAGGCUGAGAGUGACCUGAAUGAGCUGAAGGCAUUGAUGCAUUCUCCAAGUGCCAUAGUGCGUAUGAAGUUCUUGCUGCUACAGCAGAAGUAUCUGGAGUAUCUGGAGGAUGGGAAGGUCCUGGAGGCCCUGCAGGUCCUCAGAGCUGAGCUCACUCCUCUCAAGUACAACACAGAGCGCAUCCACAUCUUGAGUGGGUACCUGAUGUGCAGUCAUGCAGAGGACCUGCGAGCCAAAGCAGAGUGGGAAGGCAAAGGCACGGCAUCCCGAACAAAGCUGCUAGAUAAGCUCCAAACGUACCUGCCUCCGUCAGUGAUGCUGCCUCCUCGCCGCCUGCAGACUCUGCUGAAGCAGGCGGUGGAGCUGCAGAGGGAGCGCUGCCUCUAUCACAACACUAAGCUGGACAGUGGACUGGACUCUGUGUCCCUGCUGCUGGACCACGCCUGCAGCCGGAAACAGUUCCCGUGCUACACUCAGCAGAUCCUCACUGAACACUGCAAUGAAGUCUGGUUCUGCAAGUUCUCCAACGAUGGCACAAAACUGGCAACCGGCUCGAAAGACACCACAGUCAUUGUGUGGCAUGUUGACACGGAAACCCAGCAGCUGAAAUUGAUGAAGACUCUUGAGGGUCAUGCUUAUGGUGUCUCUUACCUGGCAUGGAGCCCUGAUGAUGCCUAUCUGAUAGCCUGUGGUCCUGAUGACUGCUCUGAGCUGUGGCUGUGGAAUGUACAGACGGGGGAGUUACGAACAAAGAUGAGUCAGUCUCACGAGGAUAGCCUGACCAGUGUGGCCUGGAAUCCAGAUGGCAAACGCUUUGUCACCGGUGGCCAGAGAGGGCAGUUCUACCAGUGUGACUUGGAUGGAAACCUACUGGACUCCUGGGAGGGAGUGCGGGUGCAGUGCCUGUGGUGUUUGAGUGACGGCCGGACCGUCCUUGCUUCUGACACCCACCAACGAAUCAGAGGAUACAACUUUGAGGACUUGACUGACAGAAACAUAGUGCAAGAGGACCAUCCCAUCAUGUCCUUCACUGUUUCAAAGAAUGGAAGAUUAGCUCUGCUCAAUGUCGCUACUCAGGGAGUGCACCUUUGGGACCUGCAGGACCGGGUGCUGGUGAGGAAGUACCAAGGGGUGACCCAGGGCUUCUACACCAUCCACUCCUGCUUUGGAGGGCACAAUGAAGACUUCAUUGCUAGUGGCAGUGAAGAUCACAAGGUUUACAUCUGGCACCGGCGCAGUGAGUUGCCCAUUGCAGAGCUGACUGGUCACACCCGCACAGUUAACUGUGUGAGCUGGAACCCCGUCCUGCCCGGCCUGCUGGCCAGCGCCUCCGACGAUGGAACUGUCCGAAUCUGGGGACCUGCCCCCUUCCUUGAUGUCCAGGACUCAGAGGGGCUCAAUGAAUGUUGCAGCAUGGACAGCUGAUGAUCUGCUGCUGCUUGUAAACCUGAAGAGCAUUAAGACUCUGUAGACACGUAAAUGGACAAAGCGAGGAAAGCUUUGGUGAUUGAACAGCAGCUUCCUGGAGGCAGGGGGAUGGCAGUCGCUGUGUAUCAGGACAUCAGAACACAGAGAAAUGAUUGAGAGUAGGGCUGACCAGGUGAUGCUGGAUUCCAGGAUGUGACACACCUCCUCCUGUCGGGACCCGUACCCUCACCUCCAUCCAGGAGCACCCACCUCCUCUUAUUUAUUAUCAGCCACAUAAUUUAUUGAUGAGUAGUUCACUGGGCUCUAGGCUGUUAUAUAGCAGCAUCUGGAGGGUGGUGUGUGUUCAGUCCUGCAUCUGAGCUGCUCACAUGAAGAAGCCUCAAGCUCUUUUGCUCUUUCAUCCCUGGAACCUUUUAAGAGAUUUUACCUGCAGGAACAUUUGAUGGAUGUGACACCCACUUGAAGAUAGUCUUUUAAAUACAAAAUUCUACAUUAUAUUGUCUGUUUUUUAAAUACAGUUUUCCUGGUUUUUUCCUUCACCUUCCCUGCUUAUAGACAGAGAAAGAAUAGUAUUUGAUGAGCAUGUUGCAUAGAAUUGCACAGGAUGAUGUGUUUGAUGGCUCUCCUCACUAUACCUGUUAUAAUAUAUGGAGUCUGAGAAUAUACAGCAGCAGUGUGGAGAGGUAACCUUUUUAUCUGUAUAUGGAUUAUCUGACUAUAGUUUCCUUCAUGCCUUCAGUGUGGACUUCCUGUUUGUUUUGCUGUUACAGCUUUGCUCUGGCUUCACUGUUUGCUCUUUAUUUCUAAAUCAUUGUUUGUUUGCAGCAUGUUGACAUGUCACCCUGCAUACAAAUAGCAGUCUUCAUAUACAUUUCUUUUGGUUUGGUUUAGUUGUUAAAUGUUUUUAAGUUUUAUUUAUUGCUGUUUGCUUUUUAUUCACUACAAAUGGAGUUGAGCAUUAAAAGAGACACUACCAGAUAUCUUACUGCACCCACUAGCACUCCCAAAUCCCCACAUUUUCCCCAGCUCAACAGUGAACUGUUUAAAAAGAUGAGGCUGGUUUUACUCUAUAUGUGUCUUAUUGUCAACAAACCUCAUGACAACACCAAAACCAACAAUAUGUUAGUCUGUCUCUACGUUGUGACUUUACAACACUCUCUGACAAACAGCCCCAAGCCCAUUGGUUCUGAGUAAUGAUGUAAAUCUUAAAAAAGUUUCAUUUUUUUUUAAGUCUCAGUAAUUUCCUAAAACAGCUGGUCACUGUAGUUUUUAGCAAACGUUACUCAAACAGGAGAAAAUAGUGCAUUUGUUGGGGAUUAUUUUCAGCAGUGGAUGAAUCCAUAUUUGGUGUUCUAGUGAGUAUUUCUGGCAGCAGGACGGUGUGUGUGAGACUCAGUCAAUAUAAACUACAGUGUGUGUGUUCAUGGUAAUGAAGGAACAUGUCACCCAGUGCAGCAGUGUGGCCCCUUGAUGUGUUUUUAAUAGUUUUUGGACAACAAUGGAGUUCUAUGGCACAGAGGAAGAAGAUAUAUAAGGCUUUGAUACACAAUACUAGUUAGUAGAUGGUUUAAUUGUUGGUUUGAGACUGCACUUGAGAUAUGUUGAUGGUAAAAAAAAAAAAAAAAAAAUAGAGCAUAUCACCAGAAUUACCCUUUAAGUUUCAACACAUCACCAGUGAGCUGAGAGGACACAGUAAUACAAUGGAGUGCAUCUUUAACAAUCAGUGUGUAACACAUUUGUACACAAGUGUAACAUAAAGUUAUUAUGAACUUGUACAAAGUGAUUCCUUUUCAGAGUCAAAAGAACAAUCUUGCCUGAUAUGAUGUUCUAUGUAAUAUGUGCUGUGUAUUUGUAUGUUAUGGCAUGUAUUAUGAGGCUGUGUACCAGACAAUUGUUCAGGUUUCUCCAAACCUGCUUUUUACUGUCAAAUUGAAGAAGGUUCCAGCUGCUCUGUCAGACCUUCAGACCAAACUUUGACUGCACUACUGUUGUAAUAUAAAUCAGCACAUUACAUUUAAAACUCUGAAACUUUGUUCCGAGGUUUAUUUACCACAAUGCAGCUGAAAUGACAUUUCAGCUUGAACAUUUAUGAGACAUUUUUCAAACUGCUUCUACAAAUUCUGUUUAAAGUUUAUUUAAAGAAAAAAAAAGUUUGUCAGUUGUCCAAAACAUUUCCAGUCCUGGCAGAUAACAGCAGCAGCCAUCACCAGCUUUAACUCUUCCAUCACAGAACACACACACUAGUGGUACACAACAUUCUCUCUCUCUCUCUCUCUCUCUCUCUGUCUCUCUCUCUCCCCCCCUCCCUUAAGUCAGUCACAGAUGUAGUGUUCUAGAUUCUGCUUCUGCAAUUUUCAUUGUUUAUUCUGAGUAUUUCAGGCUUCUCUUCUGUUCUCUUCUUGCUGUAAGAAGCCAAAGUAGGAACUUUGUUUGCUUGCAGGCAAUUUCUGCCAGAAACCAUUUUACAUUUUAAAUGUGUUACUACAAAAAGUGGUUGUACUGUUCUGUAUUGUUCUGUAGGAGAUGUGUUAUGUAUGCAUAUUUUGAAUAAAGAAUUCAGGGUUUUAAAAGAU